GUAGCCGAACAUGAAGACGCGCUCCUCAGACAUCUGUUCCAAGGCUAUCAAAAAUGGGUUCGCCCCGUGUUGAAUUCCAGUGACACCAUAAAAGUCUAUUUUGGCUUGAAGAUAUCUCAGCUUGUGGAUGAUGAAAAGAAUCAGCUGAUGACAACGAAUGUGUGGCUCAAGCAGGAAUGGACAGAUCAAAAAUUGCGCUGGAAUCCUGAAGAAUAUGGUGGCAUUAACUCGAUCAAGGUUCCAUCGGAAUCGCUGUGGCUUCCUGACAUAGUUCUCUUUGAAAAUGCUGAUGGGCGUUUUGAAGGCUCCCUCAUGACUAAGGCCAUUGUGAAAUCCACUGGCAUGGUCAGCUGGACUCCUCCUGCCAGCUACAAAAGCUCCUGCACCAUGGAUGUCACGUUUUUCCCGUUCGACAGGCAGAACUGCUCAAUGAAGUUUGGAUCCUGGACUUACGAUGGUACCAUGGUUGACCUUGUUCUGAUCAAUGAAAAUGUUGAUCGGAAAGACUUUUUUGAUAAUGGAGAGUGGGAGAUACUAAACGCGAAGGGGAUGAAGGGCAGCAGAAGAGAAGGUUUCUAUUCCUAUCCUUUUGUUACCUACUCCUUUGUUCUGAGACGCCUGCCAUUGUUUUACACUCUCUUCUUGAUAAUCCCCUGCCUGGGGCUGUCUUUUCUCACAGUCCUGGUGUUCUACUUACCUUCCGAUGAAGGGGAAAAACUUUCAUUAUCAACCUCGGUUUUGGUCUCUUUGACAGUGUUUCUUUUAGUCAUUGAAGAAAUAAUCCCGUCUUCUUCAAAAGUCAUCCCUCUCAUUGGCGAGUACCUCCUCUUCAUUAUGAUUUUUGUCACCCUGUCAAUUAUCGUCACAGUUUUUGUAAUUAAUGUGCACCACAGAUCUUCUUCAACAUACCAUCCCAUGGCCCCCUGGGUGAAGAGGCUGUUUCUGCAAACACUCCCAAGAUGGCUUUGCAUGAAGGACCCCAUGGACCGCUUCUCUUUCCCUGAAGGAAAGGAGAGUGAAGCAGCAGUGAGGGGCAAAGUCCCCAGGAAAAAGAAACAGCCUCCUACAGAUGGAGAAAGGGUUCUGGUCACUUUCCUGGAAAAGGCCGCCGAGUCCAUCAGAUACAUUUCGAGGCAUGUCAAGAAGGAACAUUUCAUCAGCCAGGUAGUACAAGACUGGAAAUUUGUGGCUCAAGUUCUUGACCGCAUCUUCCUGUGGCUCUUUCUGAUAGUUUCAGUUGUGGGCUCCGUUCUGAUUUUUAUUCCAGCCUUGAAGAUGUGGCUACAUUGA